CGUCCGCCAUGUCGGCAAUAACCUUACAAAUUAUCCUUUACGAUGAGUUAAUACGAGUACGUUUCGUUGUCACUCAAAUAUUUAGAGCUCGUAUUAAAAAAGGACGUUGCAUUAGAACACUCGCGCGCAGGAAAAUCAUUCGAUCGGCCGAACCGCGCAAGUCAAACGGCUGAAGCGCCGUUCCUUUUUUAAAAUUUCCACGAUGCGUUCGAUUUGAAAAUAUUAAAAAAAAAGAAGAAAAUGUGCGACGCUUUGAAAGAUGCCAGUGUUAUUUGUGAUUUGUGUUUUUUUAUGACGAAGAAUUAAGACUGUGAUAAAUAAUUUAAGAUAAACUAGUCAAGAUGAUGUCCAAGAAGCAAUUCGCUUGUAUGCUGGCGCUACAUAUAGUAUAUUUGUUGGUGGGGGCGAGCAUUUUCUACCAUAUAGAGAGCCCUUUGGAGCUGCAGCAAAGGGCCGAGGAUAAACUGGAAAGACUUGAAAUUCAAAAUCUGCUUUACGAGAACUACAUCCCCAAUGACCCUGAGAAGCAGGACAGCAUCUUGCGCAAGCUGUCUGACUACUGCGGCAAAUCCAUGUUCAACUACACCACGGAAGACGCUGAGCCGCCUUACAAAUGGGACUUCUACCACUCCUUCUUCUUCUCAUACACCGUCGUCAGUACCAUUGGUUACGGCAACCUGGCUCCCACCACUCACCUCUCCAGGAUCCUCAUGAUAUUCUACGGUCUCUUCGGUAUUCCCAUCAACGGUAUCCUACUGGCCAACCUUGGUGAAUACUUCGGUCUGCAGCUCAUAUCCGUAUACCGCAAAUACAAGAGACGCCACAUGCGCAGAGCUGACAACAUGAGCUAUUGCUUCACCAACCUGGGUAUGCUGGGCCAGAUCUUCCUCUAUCUGGUGCCCGGCUUCUUGUUCUUCAUCUUCUUGCCCGCCUGCUUCUUCGUGGUAUUUGAAGACUGGGACUACGUCGCUGCGAUAUAUUAUGCGUUUGUGACGCUAACUACUAUUGGAUUUGGGGAUUUGGUUGCAGGAACCGUAAACAACGGCUUCAAAUACGGCUACUUUUUCGCAUACCAAAUAUUUCUCAUCGUCUGGAUCACCUUCGGUCUUGGCUACAUCGUCAUGUUGCUCGGUUUUAUCACCAGUGGCAUGAGAUCUGAAAGAGUUCACAGAAUCGAACAGAAAUUCGCUACUCAGUUUAAGUCCACCCAGAACAAGAUACUCCAAGGAUUCACUAGAGACAUUGCCGUGAUAAGGAAAAUUAUAAAUGAGGCUAAUCUUAUUAAACUAAAACCAAUCUACGUAGAAGCUGCACCGUACAUGUACAGGAGUGCAAGUUGUCCAAAUUUCACCUUCGACGUAGAGCCACGAGGUCCAGCGUUCAAGAGAAAACGAGCGAAUUCUGAAAACAUUCAAUUAACUGCAAGAGACAUGCUAAGAAUACAAUCUGAUACGGAUUUACUGGGAAUCGAUAAGGAGAAAACUUUCACAGCCUCUGCUAUUGUUAAACCAGCUGAAUUGCUAGCUAGAGUUGUCAAUGUAUUAGGAGGAUUUGAGCCACAGACGCAACACAAUAAUGGUAUAAAUAUGUUUGAUGAUGAACACAUUUUAGCAAGUGAGAAGCCAGCCAUGUUUACAAUUGGACAAAAUAUCAUAACUAACUCUCCUAAAAGAACAAGAGCACUUAGUGUUGCAGUUCCGAACUAUAGAAAAGAAUCAGUUACUAAAUUCGACAAUGAUUAUACAUGGACAAACGGUGAUUCGGGUGAAAAGUUCAGACAAGAAGCGAAUAGGAGGAGUGGCAAAAUGUCUUUACCUAUAAGUGUUACUCCUGUGGUUGCUACAACUGUAGAAGAACCUCAGCCAAGGAAUUUCUUCUCAAGGCUUUUUAGGAGAACGAGUUCCACAGAAAACCCGACGGAAUAUCUAAAGAACACAAUGAAAGGACGAGGAAGUGUUGCUCAAACAGCAAAUGAAAAUGUAAAGGAGCCGCCGAGAAGACCAAGAAGAGGCAGUAUUUUUCCUAGUUUUAAUAUUGGAGGUGGCCAUGAAAGCAAUGACGCAGAAGCUUAUAAAGAAAAGACAAAACGAGGAAGGCACAGUAUAUUCCCAACGUUUGAUUUCAAUCUUGAUGAAGAAGAAGAUGAUAUGGCUAAAGCUUACCAAGAGAAGACAAAGAAAGGGAGACGCAGUAUUUUUCCCACAUUUGAUUUCUCUGAGGACGAGGACGCUGCUGCAGUUAAAGCAUAUCAACAAAAAACCAAACGACACAGUAUAUUUCCUACAUUUGAUUUCAGUGAAGAUGAUGACGAAAAAGCGGCAAAAGCAUACAAGGAGAAAACUAAAUCUGGUAGACAUAGUAUUUUUCCAACGUUUGACUUUAGUGAACCAGAAGAUGACGCAGCACAUCGUUACAAAGAAAAAACAAAAAGAGGAAGACAUAGUAUUUUCCCUACUUUCGAUUUCAGCGAUCCCAAAGAUGAUGAAGAUGAUACAAUCGACGAAGAAGAAUUACAGAGAUAUCAAAAUCGAACCAAAAAAGGUAGAUUGAGUUUAUUUCCAACAUUCGGGAAAUCUAAGAAACAAGACGACGAACCAAUGCCUGAAAGUUCUGAUGAACUAGUCGAUUAUAAAAAUAAAACCCGCCGUGGACGUGGUAGUCUCUUCCCCUCAUUCGGUAAAGAACGAAAGGUCAGUUCACCAGAUGAAGGCACUCCAACAAGUGAUUUAGAGGCUAGUAUUAGAGAAUAUCAUAAACAGACUAAAAAAGGACGCAACAGUUUCUUCGCGGGAGAUUUAGACAGAUAUAAAGAGUCCACACAAGGAGGAAGAGGUAGUGGAUUUGACAAAGAUCUAGAAAAUUAUAAAAAACGAACAAAACGAGGGCGUGGAAGUUUAUUUGAUCCCGAUGUUAACAUAUCAAAAAUGUCAGAAACAGAGCAAGUGGAAGCUCUGGAACAGACUAGCGUUGCCGAUUUACUUCGAGCUUUAGCUGUUUUAGAAACUGCUCAGGGGCCAAGUUCGGCGAGCCCUGCUAGUUUGUUGAAUUUAAUUUCAGAACAGUCUGCACCGCAAACAAAGAGAAGAGGUUCUAUUCGUCCAGAUUUUACAUUGCCACCGAUGCCCGUACCACGUCCGUCCCAAGAAUCUGCUCCCGCUCCAGUGAUUCAUGAAAAUGAAGAUACAGCUGGACCCAGACGCAGAAGAAUAUCAGCAAGAGCAGCUGCCCCUCAUUUCACUCCGACAUUAGCGACUGUAGUCGCAGGUGCCGAACUUCAACUGACAGCGACCGCAGCUAGAGAAAACAGAAUGUCAAUGUUAGCGCACCCACCACCUUCAUAUACCGAAACAGUUAACGUCAAUGAGGAAGGUCUGCAGAAACCUAGGGUUAGGAGAUAUUCUCCGGCCCCAGGAGACCCUGGGAAAUCCACUGGUCCAGUCCCUAGACUAUUUUCUCGUCGCAAAGAUAGUGGUAGCACGGAAGACGAAAGUGGACGGAGAAGUAGCCUAACAGAUGUAGUUAUAGACAAUAAUAAAGACAAAACGUAAACCAGUGCCUUACUAGUACAAUUUAGUCAGUAAGUAUUUAAUUCUUAGUUCGUAUUGUAACUGAUUAUAAACCGUCCAACUGAUCUGAUUUUUUAUUGUUUCAUGAGUACCUCUAUAGAUUUACUAGA